AUGCCGAAGAUCGAGGAUCCUGUUGAGCGAUUUGUUUCGGUUAUCAAGUUCUACCUCAGCGGCUGGCACAUCAGACCACCUGGCGUUAAGAAGCCGUUGAACCCUAUCCUCGGAGAGACCUUCACUUGCUACUGGGAAUAUCCCGACAAUACACGCGGAUACUACAUCUCCGAGCAGACUUCGCACCAUCCACCCAAGUCGUCCUAUUUCUUCAUGGCUCCCGAACACCACAUCCGCGUCGACGGCACCUUGAAACCACGGAGUAAAUUCCUCGGCAAUUCGGCAGCCAGUAUGAUGGAGGGCAUCUCUUACUUGCGGUUCACGAACAGAGGCAAGUCGAAGGGUGGUGAGAAAUACAUCUUGACGCAACCCAACAUGUAUGCGCGAGGCAUUCUUUUUGGCAAGAUGAAAUACGAACUAGGCGAUCACUCCUUUGUGCGGUGUCCCGAGAACGGCCUUGCGGCAGACAUCGAGUUCAAGACCAAAGGCUGGGUUGGGGGUACCUACAAUGCUAUCGGCGGUGUUAUCAAAAAUGAAAAAACGGGCGAAACUCUGUUUGAACUCUCUGGGUUCUGGUCCGGCGAGAUGACCAUCAAAGAUAUCAAGACAGGUCAGAAAAAAGUCCUUUUUGAUGCGACGCACGCGAAGCAUGCUCCGCCCUUGUCACGGCCCAUCGAAGAGCAGGGCGAACGCGAGUCACAACGGCUAUGGAGGUCGACGGUCCAGGCAGUUCAUGCGCGAGAUCAUGAGGUCGCUACCACCGAAAAGGCAAAGAUUGAAGAUCGCCAAAGAGAGGAAGCUAAACGACGGGAGGAAUUAGGUGUCGAAUGGAAGCCCAAGCUGUUCCGGAGGGUAGAUUCUCGACCAGGAGGGGCCGAAGAAGGUGAAGAAGACCUGGAGUGGAUUAUCAACGCGAACUUGGACCCAAAAGCCAGUCCCCAAGAAUUGGUGGAGAAGAUCUUAUCGAUAGCACCCAUCUUACCAGGGCAAGGUGCACCCACUCAACGUGAGCCUCAGCACCAAUCCCAGCCUGCCACGACAUCGCAGCCGCCAGCAGCACAGAAGAAUGCAGGAGAACACUUGCAGGCUUCUGGUAAUCUGAUCGAUUUCGAUUCGAGACCACCGAGCACGGCACCGCCUGAGAGCUAUCCAAAUCAAGCCGCAUCAAAUCACCAACAAUCAGUGCCUCCUCGGAACGGUGCGAACUUGAUGGACGACGACGAGCACUUGAGCAACCAGGUAUCCAAGCUGAAAAUGCAUGAAGCUAUGGUACCCGAGGGCCAGAAGCCGCUGAAGAGAACAGACACGGACACCAGUGAGGUAGAUGUGUUUGUUGAUGCUGAAGGUUGA